CAGGUCCGAUCCGAAUAUUAAAUCUGCAGCCCAUAUUUGUCGGCCAAUUUUUCAUCUCGUAGAUGCAGUAGCUAGUACGAAUAAAUAAACCCUAACCCUAAUUCUCAAAAGUCUCUAUCUCUCUGCGGCGCAUCAAAACCCUUUCAUUUUACAGAGGUUGAAUCAAGGAGAGUAGGUGAAGAUGAGCAGAGGAGGAAGCGGAGCGGCCACUGGGGCCAAAGGAAAGAAGAAAGGAGCCACAUUCACCAUUGACUGUGCAAAACCAGUGGAAGAUAAGAUUAUGGACAUCGCCUCACUGGAAAAGUUCCUCCAAGAGCGUAUCAAAGUUGGCGGCAAAGCCGGCGCUCUCGGUGAGUCCGUAACCGUCACCCGUGAGAAGACUAAGAUCACUGUCACCUCAGAUUCCAACUUCUCUAAAAGGUACCUGAAGUACUUGACAAAGAAGUAUCUGAAGAAGCACAAUGUGCGAGAUUGGCUCAGGGUAAUUGCGUCCAACAAGGACCGUAAUGUUUAUGAACUCAGAUAUUUUAACAUCGCUGAGAACGAGGGUGAGGAGGAAGAUUAAGUUUCUGGUUCUGAGUUUAGGAUUGAUUUUCUGCUUUUUUGGGAAUUGACUGUAUGAAUUGUUUUGCAUUGCUAAAUCAAAUUUAAAGUUAUUAUGAUCUUAUGGAAUUUUAUUAUUAGUGCAUCUUCUAAAUUCUGAUAA